AUGACCCUCUACACAACCCUAACCCCCUUCGUCAACACCUGCAUGGCCUCUCACGACCCAUCGCACAACCCAGCGCACGUGCACCGCGUCGUCUCACUGGCGCGCUCGAUCCUCCGCGCCGAACAGUCCCUCCAUCCCGAAAGGCGCUACUCCGCCGAAGUGGUCGACUUGGCGGCGUUGCUGCACGAUGUCGGUGAUCGGAAGUAUUUGGAGCAGGUGAGGGAGAUCAUUUCUGCCUCCACUUCAUCGACUGGGGCUGGGGACGGGUCUGGGGCCGCGAAGGGAGAAGUAGACGCCGACACGCUAGUCCUCCAGACACUUCUCUCGCACGGGGCGUCGCGCGAACUAGCGACGCGGGUCCAGACCAUCGUAUCGCAUGUAUCCUACACGAAAGAGAAGAAGGACCCGGAGGCGGUGCGCAAGUUGAUCGAGGAUGACGGGGACGUGGAGUUGGCGAUCGUGCAGGAUGCGGACCGGUUGGAUGCGUUGGGCGCGGUGGGGAUCGGGCGGUGUUUUACCUUCCUGGGGGCGCAGGGACGGAAGUUCGUCCCUGAGGGCGGGGCGUGGGAGAUGGGGAAUUCGAUCGAGCAUUUUCAGGAGAAGCUCGAGACGUUGGAGGGCAUGAUGAAGACGCAGACGGGGCGGGAGAUGGCCAGGGUGCGGACUCAACGGUUGGUGGAGUUUAGGGGGUGGUGGGAAGAGGAGAUGGCUCUGAUCGAGUAG